CCUAGCUAGUACCGUUUAGUGAUCAUCACAGCAGUUAUCACGAAAACUGGGAUCGGGAACGGCAGUGUGUUCAGGCAGGGACGCAGCAACAUCUCUAUUAUUAGUAGGAUUAGUGCUUCUAAACCUGUACAUAUAAUGUGAAGGACUGUAGUCCGGAUCAGAACAGUUUGGCGUACAGAUGUUAGCAGCUGUGGAGGAAGGACCCGUUAAUCCGGUGUAACAGUGUGACAGUGGGGGCAUCGUUGUGUGUUUCAAUGUACUGAGUCUAAAAACCUGCGGCCGGACCGUGAGCAACAUGACGGAGAAACCGACUGUCCGCCAGCAGAGCUCGGAGAAUAACUCUGUCAGCAGCAGUGAGUGGGACAUGGCAAAUGAUGUGUUUGUGUCCGGCUACGACGACAAUCCGCUGGCAGAUAGUGCUGCUGCCGUGGACCCGGACCCAGCGCAGCCCAGCUUGGACAGACACCUGCCGCUCUUAUCCCAGGAUGGCAUGAUGCUGGGCCUGGCUGGGGAGGAAUAUCCAGACUCACCGUAUAUGGACAUCGAUCCAAACUACACUGAAAGUGAUGGGAACGUCACAACCAAGAAGCGCAUACGGUCUAACAGCUCCAGGCACCGCGGUGACAUCGUCACGGAGCUCGGACCAGAGGAGGUCCGGUGGUUUUACAAAGAGGACAAGCGGACGUGGAAGCCAUUCGUCGGACACGACUCUUUAAAAAUCGAGAUCGUCUAUCAGAGAUUCUGCGAACAGAACCCCGACAAGGUCAAACGACCCGUCGAUCCUGCCGAGGCCGAGGGGAAGGAGGCAGCCAGGUACGGCGAGAUCCAGCCGGAAAGCGGGGCUGUGGACAGUGGAAGUGUGCCGCGGGGCGGAGGGCAGCGGCACUCGGUGUCAGAGGAGAUGAAGGACCAGGACGACAUCAGCAUCAGCGUGGAGGCAGUGUGUGUCAGAGGGGGUCUUUAUGAAGUGGAUAUCAGAGAGAAGGAAUGCUAUCCCGUUUACUGGAACCAGCAAGACCGUAUUCCUGUGAUGAGGGGUCAGUGGUUCAUUGAUGGAACGUGGCUUCCCCUAGAGGAGGACGAGAGUGACCUCAUUGAGCUAGAGCACCUGGCCCGUUUCCGGGGGCAACAGAUGAGGGACACCUAUGAGAUGGAGGCGGUGACCACCACGGUGGACAGCAAGGACGCCAUCCACAGUCUGAAGCUGAGCAGGAGUCACGUGGACUGGCACAGUGUGGACGAGGUGUACCUGUACAGCGACGCCACCACCUCCAAGAUCGCACGCACCGUCACUCAGAAACUGGGCUUCUCUAAAGCCUCAAGCAGCGGGACACGUCUCCAUCGGGGGUAUGUGGAGGAGGCAGCACCAGAGGACACCCCACCUGAAACCACACACAUUGUCUUUGUGGUGCAUGGCAUCGGCCAGAAGAUGGACCAAGGCCGUAUCAUCAGGAACACCAGCAUGAUGAGAGAUGCUGCCAGGAAGAUGGAGGAGAAGCACUUCUCUGAUCGCACCACAGAACACGUAGAGUUCCUUCCUGUGGAGUGGAGGUCUAAACUGGCUCUGGAUGGAGACACGGUGGACUCCAUCACUCCAGACAAAGUACGAAGUCUCAGAGACAUGCUGAACAGCAGCGCCAUGGACAUCAUGUACUACACCAGCCCACUGUACAGAGAUGAGAUUACCAGGGGUUUGACUCUGGAGCUGAAUCGUCUAUACUCACUCUUCUGCUCACGGAAUCCAGACUUUGAGAAAAACGGCAAAGUGUCUAUAGUGUCACACUCGCUGGGCUGCGUCAUCACCUACGACAUCAUGACAGGAUGGGACCCCGUUCGCUUUCAUCAUCAAGAAGCGCCAGACCCAGAGGAGACAAAGGUCCGCUGGCCGAGCGACGAGGAGCGACACCUUCAGGAGCAGUUGAGACUCACACGCCUCAGACUGAGGGACUUGGAGGAUCAGUUCCAGGGUUUGCAGACCUCAUCUUGUGUUGCAGUGCCAGCCUUGAAAUUCAAGGUGGAAAAUUUCUUCUGCAUGGGCUCUCCUCUGGCUGUUUUCUUGGCAUUGCGAGGGAUCCGGCCUGGAAGCAAUGGUGUGCAGGACCACAUCCUCCCCACAUCUAUCUGCAAACGCCUCUUCAACAUAUUCCAUCCCACAGACCCUGUGGCGUACAGAUUGGAGCCUCUUAUCUUAAAACACUACAGUAACAUUGCACCUGUACAAAUCCACUGGUACAACACCACCAGCCCGACACCUUAUGAUCAGAUCCGGCCAACGUUGCUCAACCCUCCGAAGGAGACCACGUCUGUCUCAGACUCAGAAAGCAUCCCCAGCCCUUGCACCUCCCCCCCGCAGGCCCGUCGGCACUACGGAGAGUCCAUUACAAGCCUGGGCAAGGCCAGCAUCAUGGGUGCUGCGAGUAUUGGAAAGGGAAUAGGAGGAAUCCUGUUUUCCCGCUUUUCCCGUUCCAGCAGCCAGGUGGGUGGGGUGGAGGAGGAGCCAUCGGAUUGUGAGGGUGGAGCCUCUGAGAUAGAAAACGUGACAUCGGGAGAGGAAGGAGCGAUGGUGGCAGAGAGCGAGGAAAAGGAGGAGGAGGAGAGGAGGGAGGUGGAGCCUGCCAUGUCCCAGUCCACCUCAGCUGUCAUGGACAGUACAUCGUUGGAACUGGAGAGACGCAUCGACUUUGAGCUGCGGGAAGGCUUGGUGGAGAGCCGCUAUUGGUCGGCGGUGACCUCACACACGGCCUAUUGGUGCUCUUACGAUGUGGCUCUUUUCCUCCUCACCUUCAUGUACAGACCACAAGAACCUCCUGAACCUGCAGAAGACAACCCAGACACCUCAUAACAUAAACUGACACAUGGAACCGUCACAGCUGAGGUCAAUUCACUUUCUUCAUUCACACCUUCUGAAAUAUAAACUGAAGACAUUCUCUGGUUUCUUAAAAUAACUGCGUCACGCAACAUUUGAUUUAAACAAUAUUUAAAUAUAAAUAAUAUCUUAUUUAGUAUGGAAAUAUUGUAUUUAUUCAUAUUUUUUCAUUUAUUUUUACAUUUUGUUUUGUUUUUUACAUUUUUGUUUUGUUACAUUUCAAAAACUAUCUGUUUUCUAACAGGAUAACCUAUGACACUAAAGAAAGUAAAAUACAGAUGAAUGAGUAAAGCUGCUUAAUUCCUUGUUACUAUUUUUUGGAUUUGAUUGGCAGAAGGCCUGAAAUUUGAAGGUUUAAGCUGCUGGCAGUAGGAAGUUUCCAAAAAUGAAGUUUUAUUUUUGAUUUGAAUUUGUUGUACAUCAGCAGCCACAAAUGGCAAUUAAUAAUAAUAAUAAAAAACCUCUAAUGACUGUUAGAACUGAGUGAAUGGAAAAUGAAUUGACCCAACACAAGCACACUCACAAAUCAAUUAUCUGUUUGACACGUCAUCUAAAGUCCUUCGAGUUUACACACUAACCUCCAUGUGACCUUUGGUCCAGACUAAGCUGUGCUCAGACCCAGGCCCUCAGCGAGGUGUUCAUGCUCAAAGCCUGUCCUCUGUUUCCCCGUUGUAUCUCUACAACAAGCGCUGUUUCCUGUGCAAAGCACCCUGCUGUGUUCAGCUGUAUCAGAGACCCUCACCUCUCACUUCUGUUGGUCUGUGACUUUCUGUGCUGCUGAAGCUGUAGCCAUAGAGAAAGCCCCAGUGCUUGUUCCAGGUCUAACCUCGUGCUUGUGAGAAAUAUGUUGAAUAACCGCUGAUAAUCUCCUACCUGACAUGUGAUCAUGGCAGAUCAUAUUAUAGGGAAGGUUAAAGGGAAUUCUCUCCAACGCAAUUCAUCAGUCAAUAUCUGAGUUAAAGCAGCAUUACCUGAUUUAUCAGUUAUUAUAAGUAGGCAUUAAAGGUUGUGACUGUCAUGCACUUGCCCUUGGUGCACCACAUCUCUCCUCCCACACUUAAUCACCAAGAUACCGACCUGGCUCAGUUGAGGAAGCAACUUCAGUGUGACCCAGGAAAAUACCACCAUCAUGGAGCUUUAACUCUCUUGUCAUAUCAGCCCCUGUGGUGUGUCACUGUGCUGGCUUCCACUGAACUGAUGUGUCAGGAGGAAAGAACAGAACACUGACUUUAAGCUUAGAAAAAAACUGGUGGCCAAAUGUUUGAGUUGCCAACAGACUAGUUGUUGUUGUAGCCAUUAGAGCUCUUACUCAUUGCAGGAUGACAGCAUGAUGCUGACUGUAAGCUCAGUCCAACAUCAGACACACAUUAGUACUACACUAAAAUACCAUACUUCACAUGAUUGGAUGUUUUGUUGCUCUUCGUAUCAAGGCAGCUUCACAAACUCUCUUUCAUCUCAGUAAAGCAACAACCAGUUCCAGAGUAUUUGGUAGUGUUUGUUAACGCUAAAAAAAGAGAUUUGUGAGACUGGAGCCAAGAGAAUUUUUUUUUUUUCACAUUUAAAAUUUUUAAGGAAUUGAAAUCACACUUUGGCUCAAACAAAGCAUGAUAUGGAAAUGUGCCAUGGACAGAGAUUAUUGAUUUAUUUUGACCUAUCUGACACAUGGAGGCGGGAGCAUGCAGACCGGCACUUAGAACCUGCUGAUUCCAUGUGCAAAUAAAAAUGAAAUCAUCUAUGGCAGAUUUAAAUGAAACAUUCAAAUCUGCCAUAAAUGAAGUUUGUAACUGAAUAUUUUUGACUUUCUCGUUCAUUGUUUUGUUGUGAUGCUGUUUCUCAGUCUGAUUUUCUCAUAUUUGAUGUAUGUACUCUAGUCCUCAGGAGGUGGAGAUGAUUUUUAGAUCUCACUUCUGCUAGAGACGGAGCCUAUGGACACAGAGACAGUCACAGAUUUUCAGAGUGAGGCCUUGAGUCUGCUCAGGGAGGUUCAGUUCUGAUAGUGCCGUGGUUUCUGACUCCAGAGCAGCUCUGCCUCUAAGAAUGGCUUCUUCUGCUCUAAUUUGACUUCUCUCCUUCUGGCCACCGGCUGCUUCACAGCUUAGUGAACUAGUCUAAACGUUGUUCUGUUAGUCAACUAUCAGAACAGAUAGUUGAAAGUGGAUCUCCAAAGCUUAACUUAUUAUUAUUUAACUACAAAACCACAUGUCCUUUGUGUUUCGGGGGAAAUUGGGUUUUGACUGUAUCUGCUGUGUGCUAAAGUAGGUAUUAUACAAUCCCUGCAUUUAAAUAGUUAAUUAUUUGUAAUUUUGUUUCAGUGACUUUAUCAUUGUUUUCUUUGAGUCAGAGUAAAAUAUCAGGUGAAUGAGGAUAUAUAGAAUUCUCAAACAUUUUGCCAUAAUGAUUACACUGUGGUUUCCAUCCUUUAGAAUGUCUGUGCAUACAAGGUCAGUGUGGGCAGUGUUUCAAAGCAAAGAGUAGGACUGAUGUAUGGAUUUUUCUUUGAAUUUUGCAUCAGCGUGUCAACAUUUUUCAUCAACAGUUUCUCUCUCUUGGCUGUAACAUGCAGGUGAGAAGCUGUUUACACUGACCUGCUCCUUCUAAAACGUGGAUAUUUUCAGUCAACUGUGGUAAAAACCGUCUACAGUGAGCCUAAAUUUCAAGUUUAAGAAAAUGAAACCACUGUGUGAAGGUCAGAGAAAAUUGCUUAAGGAGCAAAAUGUCAAAAAUUGCUACUAGUAUGAGUCAGGACAUCAUGUCUUUUUGUGGAACUAUAUGAAAGUCACAUCAGACUUGGCAACUGCAUUGGCACAAAAAGAUGCCCUUACAAUAUAUAAAUGACAAUAUAUGUAUACUAUAUACAUAAUACCUGCCAGAAGGAUGAAUGAUGCAUAGCAUUGCAUUUGACUGUAAAUCACAGGGACUGGGUUGCAUUAGGGUUGGGAGUUUCUCAUACCAUGUUUGCAGCACCAGGUGGCAGCCUGGUCUUUGAAUCCCUGCUGGUGUUUGGUUGGUGGCUGCUGGGAAUCUCCCCCACCCCUCGCUCCAGUGACAUCCUGAUACCAGACAGCUUGCCAAUAGGACCUGUGUUCUUACCCAUAUCUGUCCUUGUUUACAUGUCCUGGUAAAAUGUCAUAGGGUUAAAUGAAUAUCUCCUUCCUGUGGAACACCUUAGGCCUACCAUUACCUGUGCCAUAUCUAAGAAACAUGUGGUGUUGUGAUGUGGUGGAUCACCUCUAACUGCCAUGGACUGUGGCUGGAGGUCAUUCCCCUGAAAAUAAAACUCUAACUUUCCAUAAGUCAAUAUUUGGGGAAAGAAUCUUUUCAUAUCACAUUCAGUGAUUAGGAGGAAGUAGAAGUUUAUUCACCAACCAUUUCGUGAUUGUCUGUGAUUUGUUUUUUGUUGAUGUUAAGUGCCAUUUUGUUUUUCAGUGUGUCAUUUUUUAAAGGUAGAUAGGUCACAACCUGUUAGCUGAGUGAAAGUAAAUGAAAGGUGUCCUCCUUUGCACACAAGGACACUGCCAGUCUGUUGUCAUGCUCCCCCGUUCUGCCUUCGUUGUACCGUUCUUUCUUGGAUGAUGUGGUGCUUUACCUUGAUAGAUCUUUGAUUUUUCAUUAAAAAAAGGGGACCU